UGAUGUUGCUAAUGUGAAGUUAUUUUUACACCUCCCUGUAUAAUAUUUAGUUGACAAGACAAAGUGAGUCUUGGAAAACAAUUCUGUUUAUAACAAAAUCAAAUUAUUUGUCACAUUUAUUAUCAUAAUAGGUUCGAAAUCGUAAUAUUCAAACGUUUUUUACAAAAAGUGAACAUUCUAUCAGGUUCAAAUUUAAGCGCUAUUUGUGACGUCAGGAAAACGGUAUAUCCCGAGAAAUUUUCGAUCGGAAUCGGUGAUUUUAGUGUGGCGGGCGCAGCCAUAUUGAUAGUACGGAAAGUGUAAGAAGAAUUUGUGUUGUAAAGUGCUGUGAAAAUAAAUCUUAAAUCAUCCCAAAAUGUCCGAAAGAGAGGAUAACGUAUACAAGGCAAAAUUAGCAGAACAGGCCGAACGUUACGAUGAAAUGGUGGAGGCCAUGAAGAAGGUUGCCAAAUUGGACUUAGAACUGACCGUCGAAGAGAGGAAUCUCCUUUCCGUAGCUUACAAGAACGUGAUCGGCGCCAGACGAGCGUCUUGGCGCAUCAUAUCGUCCAUCGAACAAAAGGAAGAGACCAAGGGCACCGAUGACAAAUUGGAAAUGAUCCGUCAAUACCGUUCUCAAGUGGAGAAGGAAUUAAGAGACAUUUGCUCAGACAUACUCAGUGUAUUAGACAAGCAUUUGAUACCAGCUGCAUCCUCGGGUGAAUCCAAGGUUUUCUAUUACAAAAUGAAGGGUGACUACCACCGUUACCUGGCGGAAUUCGCGACGGGUAACGACCGCAAGGACGCCGCCGAGCACUCUUUGGUCGCUUACAAGUCCGCCAGCGACAUCGCAAUGACGGAGCUGCCGCCCACGCACCCCAUCCGCCUCGGCUUGGCUCUGAACUUCUCCGUAUUCUACUACGAGAUCCUCAACAGCCCCGACAGGGCCUGUCGAUUGGCGAAGGCCGCCUUCGACGAUGCCAUCGCCGAGCUGGACACCCUUUCCGAGGAGAGCUACAAGGAUAGCACGCUCAUUAUGCAGCUGUUGAGGGACAAUCUUACCCUUUGGACCAGUGAUAUGCAAGGAGAUGGUGAAGCAGAACCGAAAGAGCAACUACAAGACGUAGAAGACCAAGAUGUAUCAUAACUUGGAAGCGUUGCUUAAAGCAAUAUCGAACUCUUGAGUGCUGUGUAGUGCAGGGCAUUGCCCAGACAUUGUGAAAGGGGGACGGGGCAAGUAGCUAAACGACUUGCCCCAACCACCCUGGUACAUAUUGUAUUAUUACUAUUACUAGCUGUAACAAUAUAUUCUGUAACUGUUUUGUCUCUCCCGAAUGAAUGUUGAAUGAGUGAAUGCAGAAUCAAUCCCGGCCGAUGCACGAGCGACCAAGAUGUCGGUUUUUUUAUUUCUUUCGGUUAAGGCAAUUAACGCCGAGUAUUACUUGCUUUAGCUUUAAUAUAUCAUAAUUUGGUCGCGCGUUUACUCGGAUGGGAUCUUUUGAAUGUACUAGAAAACUUUCGCUUUAGAUAUUUAACGUUGGAUUAUUUUUUGUAAUUUUUUUUUCUCUAUUAAAAUUUUUCAAGUAUUUAAUGAAGCGUUACCAGACUGGUAUAUAAUGUAUGACGGGGCGGAACUUUCGCGUAUUUCUGUGAAAAGCGUCGCCUCGAAAUUGUCGUAUGUGGCAUAUCACGCAUUAAUUUUUGUGUAACAUCUACCUUCAAAUUAUUUAGUGUGAUAUAUAUUCUACCAUUGAACAUUAAACGUAUCCUCUCAAUUAUAAAUGUCAAAGAUGUCGCGAAAUGCAUUCCGAGGGGGAAAACCUACAACUGUUAAUUCUCGACACUCGAUCAUCUUUAUAAUUUUUUGAUAUUCAUUGUCAGUAUAAUAAAGUUUUAUUGAUCUCUACAAGUUUUGAUGAUUAGGAAAAAUGUCAGUGCGGCUAAAAUAUCUGACAAUUUUUUGAUGUAGCUAAAUGAAGGGGAAAAACUAAAUAAUGCGUAUGACCAAGCGAGUUAAAAGAAAUUAAGUUUGACCUUUUUUUUAAGUAUUACGCUUAAAGAUGAUCUUUCGCCUUAUUCCUACUCUCGUAGAGUUAGAUCGUUUUUGUAUAUUUAAUUUUUGGUACGAUUAAAUAUUUAAUAAAACACGCAUAUAUCGUACAAAUUGCAUUCCGCAUUGCAUUUUUUUAAUAGCGUGGGUGUUGAUUUGCAUGUCUUUAGAGCAAUAAAUACAAUAUCAGCGUUUGUAUGGUUGGUGUAUUGUUUGAAUUUCUACAAGUCAAAGUUUGCGUAACUUUUGUUCGGCGAUCUAAAAUUCAUAUAGCUUUAAAUUUAUCAGGCAUUUAGGAUUUUUAUCGCGUAAUUUUAUAUACCCAAUUUGACUGAAACAUUCAUUUGUACGUUGAAUGAUAUACGAAUAACUUUACACAUGCAAAUACUUUCUAACCAAGAAUUUUUAAGACAAUCCAAAUGGAAGUUGAAAUAACGAAAUUUUUAAUUCUGAUACAUCACAAUUUAUUUUAAGGGUCUUCGGAAAACUAGCUUGAGUACUUAUGUACUUGUACUUAAUUAAUUUUAAUGUAGACUGCUAGUUUCUUAAGAUUCGUAAUUCAGGUUCGGUCUUUUAUUUAAACUAAUUGCAUUUUUUAUUGUGCGUAUGGAUGUAAACAAAGCUGUGUAGAUUGAUAUAAAAACAUUUGAUGUACUA